AUGCAAGAACCAAAAGAAGGAGCACAAAAAGCAGGAGGAUUUUUCUCUUCCUCCAAUAAGAGAAGUGAAAUCAACGAAUGGAGAUUAGGUUUAGGCAAUGAAAAGGAGUCCGUAAGAAAGGAUACCGUAAAGAAAGUCAUUGCUGCUAUGACUGUUGGAAAGGACGUUUCCAUGUUGUUCACCGAUGUGAUCAAGUGUGUAGCUACCAACAACAUUGAAUUGAAGAAAUUGGUAUACCUCUAUAUUAUGAACUAUGCAAAGACUCAACCUGAUUUGGCUAUCAUGGCUGUGAAUCAAUUCGAGAGAGAUUCCAACCAUCCAAAUCCUCUGAUUAGAGGUUUAGCUGUCAGAACCAUGGGUUGUAUCAGAGUUAACAAAAUCGUUGAAUACUUGGCUGAACCAAUCAGAAAGACCAUCAAGGACAAGGAUCCAUACGUGAGAAAGACAGCAGCUGUGGCUAUCGCAAAGCUUUUUGAUAUCAAUCCAGAGAUGGCCAUCGAGCAAGGUUUUGUUGAAUCAUUGGAAGAGCUCUUGACUGACGACAAUCCUAUGGUUGUUGCUAAUGCUGUGAAAGCUUUGGACGAAAUUUCAUCGUCAUCCUCCGAGGUCGUUCUCGAUUUCACUGAAAAGACGGUCAAGACUCUUUUGACUGCUUUGAACAAUUGUACCGAGUGGGGUCAAGUUUUCAUUUUGGAUGCCCUCUCCAACAAUUAUCAACCAAAGUCUGAGAAGGAAGCUUCUGAAAUUGCUGAAAGAGUUGCUCCUCGUUUGCAACAUGCCAACUCUGCAGUCGUUCUCUCUGCUGUUAGAGUUAUUAACAAGAUGAUUGACUUGAUUUCAAACGAAAACGAAAAGCAAGAAUUAGUGAAAAAAAUUUCUGCUCCACUUGUUACUCUCUUGAGCGGCAACCCAGAAAUUCAAUAUGUUGCUCUUCGUAAUAUUGAUUUGAUUGUGCAAAGUAGACCAGGAAUUCUCUCCAACAACAUUAAGAUGUUCUUCUGUAAAUAUAACGAUCCAAUCUAUGUGAAAUUAGAAAAGUUGGAUAUUAUGGUCAAAUUAGCUUCUGAACGUAACGUUGAUACUGUAUUGAUGGAAUUCAAGGAAUAUGCUACUGAGGUUGACGUAGAGUUUGUAAGAAGAAGUGUUCGUGCAAUUGGUAGAUGUGCGAUCAAGCUUGAAAGAGCAGCACAAAGAUGUGUCGAUGUUUUACUUGAUUUGAUUCAAACUAAGGUUAACUAUGUCGUCCAAGAAGCAGUCAUUGUCAUCAAGGAUAUUUUCAGAAGAUAUCCAAACAGAUACGAAGGUAUUAUCGGAAGAUUGUGCGAAAAUCUCGAUACAUUGGAUGAACCAGAAGCUAAGGCAGCUAUGAUUUGGAUUAUUGGUGAAUAUUCCAACAAGAUUGAAAAUGCUGAUGAGUUGUUGCAAAUCUUUAUCGACACUUUCCAUGAUGAAACUGCUCAAGUUCAAUUGCAAGCCCUCACUGCAGUCAUGAAACUCUUCUUGAGAAGACCAAACGACACCAGAGACUUGAUUAAGAAGGUUUUACAUCUCUCCACCGAAGAAUCUGACAAUCCAGACUUGCGUGACAGAGGAUAUAUCUACUGGCGUUUGCUCAAUGAAGAUCCUGAGGCCGCCAAGACUGUUGUCUUGUCAGAAAAGCCUGUCAUCAGAGACGACUCAACCAACAUUCCAAAGAACUUGCUCAACGAAUUGACCAAACACAUUGGAACUUUGUCCUCAGUGUAUCAUAAGCCUCCAGAAUUGUUCGUUGCUGGUUAUAAGAAGAAGAAGAGCGAAGGAGGCAGUGACAAGGAAGUCGAAGAUUACCUCAGAGAACAACAACACCAAGAUGCUGCAGAUAGAACUACUACACAAGACAUUCUUGGCUUGGACGACAUUUUAGGAGGAGGACUUCCAGCUUCAUCUCAACCACAAGAUCAAGAUCUUGAUUUGGAUGAUGUUAUGGGUGGCUCUCAACCACAAACACAGUUGCAAUUCUCUGCUACUUCUUCAGCUGGUGCUAACAUUACUUCACUUGUUCGUCCUGUUCUACAAAAGAAAUUAUUGCUCACUGCUGACAAGAGCAAGGGACUUCAAGUUUAUGGUGUGAUUAACAGAAACCCAAGAGGAAAUCUUGAAUUUUUGGUUACGUUUGAAAAUCUUUCUCAACAACCAAUUACCGGAUAUGCAUGUAAAUUCAACACAAACACUUUCGGAUUCGUGCCAGGACAAGUCCAAGCCACUGGUAUCAUGCCAGGUCAAAAGACUGACGGAAUUAUACCAAUUCUUCCAGGUACCAACGAAUCUGAUAAGGUUUCUAACCUUCUCCAAGUUGCUAUUAAGACUGAUUUAGGCGUGGCAUACUUCCAAGAUACCAUUCCAUUCAGCGCCUUGUUCAUUGAGAAUGGUUUAGUUGACAGAGAUACUUACCUCUCCAUCUUCCAAAGCAUUCCAGAUGAGACUGAAAGCUCAGUUGAUGCUCCAAAUGCUUCAGCUGGAAAUAACAAUGCUCUCAUCUCAAGAUUGCAGGCUCACAACAUUUUCUUUGUUGCUGACCACCAACAAGAUAACUUGACCAACUUGUACUUCUCUGCUAAAUUCAAUUAUGGUACUGAAGAGGUUAUUGUUGUGGUGGAAGUUGUUGUUCCAAACGGAUCCAAUCAAUGCAAGAUUAACACCAGAUGUGCAGAAACACAAUUCAUUCCAUUCAUUGAACAAGACGUUGCAAGAAUUGUUUCUCUCUCCUUCUAA